CUGAACAAUUUCAAAGCAAAUACAAAUGAAAGCAUCAUGGAAGGAAUGGGUUAAGGAUCUCUGUCCAUUAUGCUGAAAUGGGAGAAUUCAUUAUCCAUAGCUACGUCAUGUUUUAAGCAGACAGACAGAUCUGUAGAUAUCACUGAGCUAGUGCUACCUUCUCGGGACAUCUUUAGAAGUUUAUUGCUGUGAGCUUGGCAGCCAACAUGCUCACUUUCCUCUCCUCAGUGCGCACGUCAACUCUUCUGGACAUCAAACUCUACUACCUCGUCCUAAAUUUCUGUUUUUUUGCAACAGCUAGGCCACAUGGGGACAACUGCCCGAGCUCUGAGUGGAGCGUCAUGUGUCGUCCGUGUUGUGAGUACCACCUGAUCCAGUGUCGCUGUCCUUCAAAAGGAUCGAGAGUCGGCUACACCGUCCCCUGCUGCCGCAAUGUUCUGGAUCAGUGUGACCCCUGUAUCAUUCACCCAGGCUGCAGUCUUUUUGAGAACUGCAAAGCCUGCCACAAUGGAACAUGGAAAGCCAAUGAUGACUUCUUUGUCAAUGGAAAGUAUUGUACAGAGUGUCGCCAAGGCUGGAGUGGAGGGGACUGUAAAACAUGUGGAGGCGUCAUUCAGCGGGCUCAGGGUCACAUAGCCAUGGAGAGUUACCCCACUAACGCCCGAUGUGAAUGGACAGUGCAAGUGGAGAGGGGCAGCAGCAUCGAGCUGAGGUUUUCUCUGCUCAGUUUGGAGUCUGACCAUAACUGCCGUUAUGACUAUGUUGAGGUGCGUGACGGCAUCGAUCUGAACUCCCCUGUGAUUGGCCGGUUUUGUGGGGAUCAGCUGCCUCCUCCAAUAAAGAGCUCUGGGAACGUCGUGCACAUCCUGUUCACCUCAGAUGGCUACAACAACUUUGAUGGCUUUGUUCUUACUUUUCAGGAAAGUUCAGCCAUCAAGAAUGUAAUGUGUGGACUCCCAGAGAAACCAGUGAAUGGAUAUUUGCUGCCUCUUUAUGGACCAAAGGAGGAGCUUGUAUCUGUAAAUUACCGAUGCCAUCCAUCUUUCACACUGAAUGGCUCCCAGCAGAGGAUCUGUCUGCCUAAUAGCACAUGGAGUGGCACAGUUCCCAAAUGUGUAAAAGGUCAAACAAGCAGAGUCCGGUGUUCCACUCCACCCAAAUUGCUCAAUGGCUACCACAGACCUGGUCCUGACACAGCUGGAGGUGCAGAGGCCAUUGGGUUUUUCUGUAAAAACUCUUACAUUCUGAGUGGAAACCACAAGAGUACCUGCCUUUUGAAUGGAUCCUGGAGUAGCAGGCCACCUACGUGUUUAAGAGCAUGUCGCGAGCCCAAGGUGUCUGAACUUGUGCGACAAAGUGUUCUGAAGCCACAUCUGAUAUCAAGAGGGAAUGCAGACCAAAGAAUCCACCUCUCAUCCAGGUACAACCUGCACGAUUUGUUGACAGCUGGUUUUAUUCCAUUGGAUACACAAGACUUGGUUUGUGGCAAAUUCAACACUUCCAGUCUGCACAACCUCACAGACACGCCUUGGCCAUGGCAUGCAGCCGUCUAUAUCCGCUCACCUCCUGAUCAUACUGCCAGCACCCACAGGCUCCGUGAAGUAACCAUGGCUGUCCAGCAGGGGGCCUCAGAGGAGUCCACAUUCUGGUACCUUGCCUGCAGCGGGGCUCUGCUUACCCAGCGUAGCGUCCUGGUGGCAGCUCAGUGUGUGGUAGACAAGGACAAGCAGCAGACCCUUCACCCAGCACACGUGAAGGUUGUCACAGGCCUGCAGUGCCAGACAUCCAAGGAUCAGCAGAAAAGCCUGCAGCACCUCAGGGUUUCAGACAUUUUAGUCCAUCCAGAUUUCUACUCUGCACCGGACUCCGAUGUGGCUGUGCUCAAGCUAAAAGACAAGGCCAAGAUCAGUGAGCGUGUGCUGCCAGUGUGUCUACCCAAAGUUCAAGGUGGAGAGGUGACAGCGUGGGAGGCUUACACUGCGAGGUGGAUUUUGCCAAACAAUCACCUGAGCCGCUACACUCCCUUGAGCCAGACGAGACUUGUUGAGCUGGGUGAUAUUGCUCAAUGCGAAAGAGAAUUUGCUCAAGGUGGAGUACAUCCCACAUUGAUCAGUGACAAUACACUGUGUGUCAUAAAGAAGCAGUCCAGUCCUCAAAGCCCUUGUCCCAGUGUUAUUCCAGGUAUCAUAACCAUGCCACCUUUGUUAUCAUCCACAAGUGUCUUGUCCGGUCACGGAGCUUCAAGCACAGGCUGGCAGCUUCUUGGUUUAGAGAGUUUCAGCUAUAAGGAAGAAAACUGCCACCAACAGACUUACACAGUACAGACACGAAUAGCCAACUUUCGAGACUGGAUAGUGAAAAACAUGAAGUAGAUUUAUUUUUCUCGAUAUCUAAUGUAAAGCUGAUUUUCAGCAAAUUCCAGUUUUGUAAAUCUCACAGUGUAAAUGGUGGAGAUGGAGCGGACAGUGAGAGCACACUGUUUGCCAACGUCUGUACCUGCUAUCUGUGUCAAUAUUAUUUAAAGUGAGAAGUGUUUUCCUGGCACUAUACUUGUAUCUGUUAUGUGUGCAUGGGAUUGUUCUGUAUUUGGGCCACCUCCACUUCAAACAACUCAACGUGAGCUGGCAAAGAUACACACUCACAUACUCAUGAUCGUUGAAUGUUAUUUUAGAAAGACUGCUCUUUAAAAAAUAAAGAAA